ACUUUACUGCCAAGUCUAGCAGACAGCAUUUACCAAUAAUAAAUGACGAAAGAAAAAUAAACUACUGUCGGUAAAUUACUAUUUUAAAAUGCCUGCUGCCGACGUCAAUGAAAAUUCUUCCAGCACCGGAUGGUAUACUUCAGAAGUACAAAAAAUGAUGCAUGGCUUCGGCGACAGCAAGCAUCCUCUAAAAGAAACCGCCGAGUUGGUGGAGAAAAUUGUAAAGGAACAAUUGAUUCAGUUGUUGAAUAUGCUCCUUGAGGUUUCUGCCAAGAUUAAUUCCAAGAAGAUUGAUGUGAAAGAAUUUCUUAUUUUGUUGAGGCAUAAUCCUGUAAAACUUAGAAGGUUUUGCACAUAUUUGCAAGUCACAGAGUUUAAGAAAUAUGCAAAGGAAGAUGAUGGAUCAAAAGACAUAGUAGACUUCACUGAGUUUCCUACUGACAAUCAAAAACUGCAAUCUGCUCUUGCAUUCUUGCAAUAUAUUGACCCAUCUUGUUACUUGUGUAAUGUUGCUGAUCCUACAAAGCCAUCUCCUCUACUAGAUGAUACUUUGAGAGAGAGAAAUGAAAGGAUUGAGAGAAUGACAUCAGCCAUGGAUGUACAACAAUAUUUGGAAUAUACCAAAGCAAAAUGUACCUCAUUUAAGAGGAACCAACCAAGUGGUAAAUUUCAAGACUGGUUGCUUAAAGAUUUUUCCGCUCCCGAUGUAGCCAUGAAUGCCACAACUUGGUCUAUUCUCAGUUAUUUUGCAUACGAAACCAUCGCACAAAUAGUGGAUUUGGCUUUCAUUGUGCGCAGGGAUAACACUGCUGGACAAGUGAAUGACGCCGUUGAACGCAACGUGGUACCUAGAGUCUCUCCAGCAAACGCGGAUUUGUCGAAGCCAACAUGGUCAAAUUCGAUGAGACCACUUCAAGUGGCCGAAGUCACGGAGGCUAUCAGACGAUUCAACAAUACACACAAUUCAAUGUUUGCUCCAUUCCGACGCAUAGGCGUUCCUCCUCCAGGAUAUCGAUUACUGGCACUGUAAAAUUAACACGAAUGUUAUUCAAACGUAUUCCACGGGUUUCAAAUUCAGAAUGGCGAACGCGGCAUCGUAAAUUGUUAAUAUGACCUUCAGCAUCCAAAUGCGUGCGUGCAUUGUGGGAUGCGAUCGGUUGUGCUCAUCCUAAAAAGAGGAACAAUGACAUUUGUGGAUAAAUUAAUAAAGAAAGAGAAACCUGAAUAAAAAUACUCACACAUAGA